AUGGCAGCCAUGACAAGAUCUACCGAGGUUUUUAAAUGUUCUAUAUGUAAAACAGUUCAGUCAUUGAUAUUGAGAAACUUGCUAAACCUAAUCAACACUGUUCACUGCAAUGAACCAAACUUCAGUCUCAUUUGUGGAGUUGGAGGUUGCCCUGCAACUUUUACCAAGUAUAACUCAUUUUAUAAACAUGUCCUCAAAAAACAUCGACAACCCUACGCGGAUAGAAAUCGCUACGAGCCGCGAGCCAAGAGAACACGUGGAGAACACAUCGAUAACGAAAACGGCCAGGAUAAUACGUUAAUUUUCGAAGAGGAAAAUAACGCUGUUAUGCAUGACCCUCACAGACACAGUUCAUCUGACGAAUCUGACAAUGACAACGAACAGCCGCUACAAAUGCAGGUAUGA